GUGAAGCAGCAUCUGUGUAAGGCGAGAGAAAGAACCUGCAUGUAAUGGAGGAGCAGUACAGCAGCACUGCCGCUGUUGUUUGGACACUAACUACCUUCACAUCCACUGUUAAUCACUCUUAAUGGGACAGACUCAGAGCAGCUCUGGGAUGCCCAAGGUACCAGCUGCGUGGAUCGAGUGCCACCUCUGAUAUGAUGUGGAGAGCAGGAGGGGCAGCCACCUCUCUCACACUGCUGCUGCCAUUGGUGUGCUGGUGCUACCUGUGCCACUCACUACGUAUUCCAAAACUCUCCUCCUACGCAAAAGCAGAAGACAAACUAUUCAAAUAUCUCUUUAAAAACUACCAGAAAUGGGUUCGUCCAGUGGAAUACCUAAACCAGACAAUCCGUGUGAGGUUUGGACUAGCUAUUUCCCAGCUAGUUGAUGUGGAUGAGAAAAACCAGUUAAUGACAACUAAUGUUUGGAUGAAACAGGAAUGGACUGACAUGAAACUCAGAUGGAAUCCUGAUGAAUACCUGGGCAUCACAUCGAUCCGUGUCCCCUCAGACAGGCUAUGGCUGCCGGACGUUGUACUGUAUGAUAAUUCUGAUGGACGCUUUGAGGGAACUAUCACCAAGGCCGUUGUGAAGUACAAUGGCACAAUAUUGUGGACACCACCAGCCAACUACAAGUCAGCCUGCACCAUUGAUGUCACCUUCUUUCCUUUUGACCUCCAGAACUGCUCAAUGAAGUUUGGCUCCUGGACCUAUGAUGGCUCCCAGGUGGACAUAAUUCUGGAGGACUUCCACGUAGACAAGCAGGACUAUUUUGACAAUGGUGAAUGGGAGAUAGUGAAAGCCACAGGCAGCCGUGGUCUGAGGACUGAUGGCAGUUCUUCCUAUCCCACCAUUACCUACUUCUUCAUUAUCCGCAGGUUGCCUCUUUUCUACACCCUCUUUCUCAUCAUUCCCUGCAUUGGCUUGUCCUUUCUUACCAUUCUUGUUUUCUAUCUGCCUUCAAAUGGUGGUGAGAAGAUCUCUCUCUGCACCUCAGUGCUGGUGUCGCUUACUGUCUUCCUCCUGGUCAUUGAGGAGAUCAUCCCCUCCUCUUCAAAAGCAAUCCCACUCAUUGGGGAGUACCUGGUCUUUACCAUGAUCUUUGUCACACUUUCCAUCAUUAUUACUGUCUUUGCCAUCAACAUCCACCACCGCUCUUCUUCUACACAUCACAGUAUGGCACCCUGGGUGAGGAAAAUCUUCCUGCAUCGACUUCCUAAAUUGUUAUGCAUGCGCAGCCAUGUGGAUCGUUAUGCCACAGCUGGAGUAGCCAGGGCUAGAGAAGCGGUGGGACUGGAAGGGAUAAAGAGCUCGACACCUGAGCUCACUCAGCUCCUCUACACUCGACACAACCUAGAAGCUGCUUUGGAGUCUAUUCGCUACAUUACCAUGCAUGUGGUUAAAGAAAAUCAGGUCAGAGAGGUUGUUCAAGACUGGAAGUUUGUAGCCCAGGUUCUGGAUCGAAUGUUUUUGUGGGCCUUCCUCUUGGUGUCAGUCCUUGGUUCUGCUCUCCUCUUCAUCCCAGUUAUUUACAAAUGGGCCAGUAUCAUUGUCCCUAGCCAUGCUGGAAGUAUCCUCUAAUAACCACAGUUAGACUAACCACAAAUUGAAGCAAAGCACAUAAACAGCUACUUCUAGUCAUAUUUGAGAUAUGAUUAUAGUCCUGCUCGGGGUUAUUCUGUUUGCUAUAGGUGUGCCAGAGCUGCACAGCUACAGCUUUGGGUGCCUUGUUUGCAGAGUGGAGAGAAACAGGCUUUGUCUCAAAUCCAUAACAUGUACUGUUCCUAUGUAGGCUUUCAGUAUACAGUUAAUUGAUACUGGAAUAAUGAACAAACAUGUACUCAGAGUAGACAUAUAUACUGAAUACUAUCAAUUUGUAAAUGUGUCUAUGAUGAACAAUAUUUUUCAACAAAGCACAACUGAAACAUAAAAACCCUUAAAAAAUCUUUAGGGAAAGGGUAUAAUAUGAGACUUAGUGUGUAGCAGAGUACAUAAUCACUGUGUAGGAUGAAUUUGGUUUUAAUCUAAAUUUUGCAUUUGAGAUUAAAUAUUACUUAGAGAAGAUCAUCUGCAUUUCUGUCCACAUUUCACAUAUAAAUAAAUAACAGUACAAUAUGAUACAUGCAUUUGGCCUUGUCUGUUUACUGGCAUCAUUGAGUGGAUUUAUUGUUGGUUCUGGAAAAAGCUCAAUACAAUAUGGCAAGAACAAAUCCCAGAGAUUCCCAUAAAUCCCUUCAUGAGGACAUGAGAAAAAGCAUACCCCAUGAAGGCACUGGGACACAUUUUAAGCUUUAUGUACUAGUUUUUGAUGAUCUUUUGAACUGUAGAACAUAAUCAUGAUUCUCACUUUUACACAGUAUGCUCCUAUCAGCAAUGUCAGAUUCAUUAGUAGUUUAAAAAUAGACUAUUCUUGCAGGUAAACACGAAAUCUGACAAGGUGCACAACUUUGAAAGAGAACAGCUCGUCUUGGUAAAUAAAAGAUCAGCAUUUCUCCACAAUUUCCUUGAAUUCCUUUGCCUUUUAGAAGGCUACAGUUAUAUGACCACAAUAGAUACAAUUAUUAUUAUGCUGACUGCAUGUGGAUCAGUUAUGUCCUUAUAUGGAAACAUUGUCAUUUAAAUAGUUUCUUUAUUCAUUCUACCUCGCCCUCUUUGAAAAAGAGCAGACUUUCUUGCCAGGACUUGAAUUUCGCAGCACUUCCUUUCACCUUGAGGACAUUUACUGCAUACUUUGUGGAGACUGUAAGACAAUCCAUGGACGCAGCACAAAAGACGCUUCAGGGACGGGAUGUUUUUAUUUCA